AUGAGAGAAACGGAUAAGCACAAAAAUAAAAUAAAAAUAAGAAAAGAAUCCAAACCACCCCCUGCCUUUUCUUCAACUAUUUCCUCUGUUCAACAAUUUCAUACAAAUCCACCCCGAACGAUUCUCCACACAUUUCGCGCCGCCACCUACUACCACUACCUCCAUAUCUACAAACCCCAUAUCCACACAUCAAUUAUGUUCUUAACCAGAUCAGAGUACGACAGAGGUGUGUCUACAUUUUCUCCCGAGGGUCGUCUCUUCCAGGUCGAGUACUCGUUGGAGGCAAUUAAGUUGGGAAGCACAGCCAUUGGCAUCCUGACGUCGGAGGGCGUAAUCUUGGGUGUUGAAAAGAGAGUCACUUCUCCGCUUUUGGAGUCUUCCUCCAUUGAAAAGAUCGUCGAAAUUGACUCUCAUAUUGGGUGUACCAUGUCUGGUUUGACAGCUGACGCCCGUUCCAUGAUUGACCAUGCUAGAGUGUCUUGUUUGACCCACAACCUAUACUACGAUGAAAGCAUGCAGGUGGAAAGCUUAACGCAGUCUGUUUGUGACUUGGCUUUGCGUUUUGGAGAAGGUGCUUCCGGAGAGAAACGAUUGAUGUCCAGGCCUUUCGGUGUGGCCUUGUUGAUUGCUGGUAUUGACGAGAAGGGCCCUCAAUUGUACCACGCUGAGCCCUCGGGAACUUUCUACAAAUAUGAUGCCAAGGCUAUUGGCCUGGGCUCCGAGGGUGCGCAGACAGAGUUACAAAAUGAGUACCACAAGUCUUUGACUUUGAAGGAGGCAGAACUCUUGGCUCUAAAAAUCUUGAAGCAGGUCAUGGAGGAGAAGUUGGAUUGCAAGAAUGCUCAGUUGGCCUCUGUGACGAAGGAGGGCGGCUUCAAGGUCUACGAAGAUGAAAGGACCGAUGCACUUAUAAAGGAGUUAAACGAGACGACUGUUGACGAGACCGCCGAAGCCUUAUAG